AUGAUCUUGAAUCAAUCAUAUAAAUACCUUUUGGUAUUGGAAAUUUCAAAGAAAGAUUUAUAUAUAACCGAGAGUGGAUAUUCAUUUGGCAUUAAAGACUUUCCAACCGAUACCAAGGAACAAGCCUUGGCCAUGAAGGGUGCCUCUUUGAUAGCUACCAUUUUAAUUGUAGCCUUUUCAGCCAUCACUUGUAAUUCAGUGCAACUUAUUACUACAUGUUCAUCAUGUUAUUUAUCAAUGUCAAAUUCGAUUUAUUACUUGAACCAAAUCAUUGACAAUGAUAAUUAUAAUUUCUAUAAUUGUCCAGAUCUUUGUAACUUACUUGCAACAUCUGAUCGUUUAGCUUGUAAUCUUACCUGUGAAAGUCUUGGUUUUGCUAGAUUUGUUAGUUAUAUAGGUCAACCUUAUGCCGAUCCAAUUGGUUUGUGUCAAGAUGCUUCCAUUUGUCCAUUCAAUGUCGAUCCAACAGGAUACAUUUCUGCUUUGUAUGUCUCACCAGCUGGCGCACCAGCAGGAACUGCAUUCAACAUUACCAUGAAUUUCUAUGGCUCCAUCCAAGCUGGUCAAGCCCAAGUUAUCAUCAUGACACCUUUGGGAUCGCCAUUGGUCAUUUCAAACAAGUUGUUGAUCAAUUUCAAUGGUACCAAUACCAUCAACUUUUCGAUACAGUCAUAUUCCUCUUCGACACCAGGUUCCUACCAGAUUACAGGUCUUGUAUGUUCUGAAUCUUGUGAAUCAAAUGAUGAAGUAGCACAAGUUUUAGACAAGGUCUUUGUUGGAUUUACUAUUUUCCCUGCUUCUGCUGCAAUUGGUAGUCUCUAA